AUGUCUAUCGACCCGCCCGCGUACAUUGUGUCCUUGCAGAACAACAUCAGAGCGCGGCCCAUCUCAUGGGAGGGAGCUGUCCGGGCGAAGACAAUCACCGAUGAGGACCUCAAGAAGAUCAAGGCCAUAGACAAAGUGCGCAAAGAGCAGCGAAAAGCAGUCAUCGAGGGCGAUGUGCAGACAUACACCGACCUGCUGCUAGGCAAUGCCGAACGCGCGAAAAGCAUAUUCGAAAGCGCAGCAAAGCGGACAGACAUUCUACAGUACAUGCUAGUACUGACCGGCGACCUGAUAGAUGACAUCCCAGCUCUCACAGAUUCUCUGGUCAAACACGUGCACCCGUACAAGCCGUUCCUCCCACUCCUGAAGCAAUCGAACAACCCCGAAGAUCCAAUCCCGCUUCUGACCUCGUCUGUGGUGUCUUCACUACUCUCGCACGCACUCAUAGCGCAGUCCAAGUCAACGCAAGAAAUCGACGAGGCGCUACCGAAGCUGUACUCCUACAUUGCCGAGCUCGCAAAGACUUCAGACUCCAACCUCCAGGAUAUUGCUGUACAAGAAUAUUCUGCUCUUCUUCGAACGUCUAAAUCGAGACAGCAGUUUUGGAAGCAGAGAAAGGAGACGCUAGGCCCACUCAUUGAUGUCUUGCGCAGCGCAACAGGCGGAAAGGACUCGGACAGCACAGCUUACAAUGGCAAUUCUACUGGAUCGAGUAUACGCAGCGUGGCAGACUCCAGCAUCAAGAUCAGCGGCGUUGGCUUGCAGCUGCUCUACCACGUCCUGAUGGUCAUCUGGCAACUGUCCUUCGAGAGCAAGCUUGUAGGCAAAGGUCUCGACGAAGAACACGACAUCAUCCCGCUCUAUACGCAGCUUCUGCGAGUAUCGCCUAAGGAGAAGACGACACGUUUGCUGCUUGGAACAUUGAACAACCUGCUGUCGUACAACAAAAGCACCCUCAUGCCUGCUGCGCUGCCCGCCAAAUUGCCUUCGAUCCUCUCGAACCUCAAGACUCGGCAUUUCACAGAUCAGGACCUGCUCGAAGACCUUGAAAGCCUGACCAAUAUGGUAGACGAAUACACAAAGACGCAGACCACCUUCGACGAGUAUGCGGCAGAAGUAAAUUCUGGCCACCUCCGUUGGUCACCCCCUCACAAGAACCAAGCAUUCUGGAGAGAAAAUGCGCAGCGUAUCAUCGAAGAAGACAAGGGCGCACUCUGCAAGCAGCUUGCCGACAUCCUCAGCAAGGACUGGCAGAAUGACAAGCAGGUGCUUGCAAUCGGGUGCAAUGAUGUGGCGUUUCUCGUCAAGGAGUCUCCUGACAAGCGCCAGCAGCUAGAUAAGCUGGGAUUGAAGGCACGGGUGAUGGCGUUGAUGCAGGAUGAGAACGAGACUGUGCGGUGGGAGAGUUUGAGGGCCGUUGGCGAGUGGCUUCGGUACAGCUUCGAUCAAUAG